UGGCAACCCUCUCAUGACCAGCAUUGCGCUUGAUGCGACGUCCGCCAAUUGCCUGCCAGCGAGCAGUGCAAUCGCUCCAAUCUCCCGCCCCGCAACACAUCUGGGUUCCUGACGAGGUCCUGUCGUUGGCGGUUCAUCGAUUUUUCCACAGCACCUGUCCGCAGCAAAAGCGCCAUGGCAGCAAUGUUCCGGGGCCAUUGGAGGCUAGGAGGAGGGCAGCGAAGCGUCGCAUGACAGCUUCAGCUGGAUUCUAUCCGCAGGAAAGCUUUCCUACCUCUUUCAGCCUCGGUGCGCUGUUCGGCUACCGUUCGAAGCCGCAGAACUCAUGGAGAUAUGAACCGCCGUCACUACCAAAGGAUGUGCUACCAUUGGACAAUCCUCUAGCCACAUGGAACAGCGCCCGUCCUGUUGACUUUCAACCUCAAAGCCAGGCCAGUGAACCGAGUCCAGUCGACCGCGAUAUACUACACCCCUUCGCGCAACAGCCUGCGUCGCUCACCGAGACAUGGAAUCAGCACUUUGACCUCGAGGCUGUUAGUCAGAACCCCCCGAAGCCGCAAGCAAUCGGGCACAUCCUGACCAACGAUAACGAAUUCGAGAAAUGUUUGGAGGGCUUCGAAGCUAGCAUCUGCGUUGCAGGAGACAGUCGCACUGAGCUGCUGUUGAAGGAAUCCUUCCGGCAGUACCUGCCAUCUGCCCCCUUCGUCUGGAAAUACUACACUGCGGCACUCCGACAUACGCUUCAGUUGGGAUGUAAUCCUACACCCGUACUCCAAUGUUUGCUUGAGGAAGAUGGGCGGUUACUUCGGUCCGUGAAUCCGCUUCAGAUAGUGAAUGACUGUGCGGGUUUCAUCGCUUGUCUGGACCGGAUCUCGAACACCAAACGUGCCCGUAAAACGUCCCUAGUACGUCGAAUCUUUGGAGUAAUGGCGCAAUCAGCAGCAGAAGCAAGACGUUCAACAACAGAGGCGCAUGAUCUCAUUCUGCUGCGUCUCAUCAAACACACUGGGCACUCAGCAUCGUACAGAGGGUCAGAACGGUUGGUCCCGACCAUAAGGUUGUUGCGCGCACUUGCGGCCAAUCUGAGAGAGAGUGCAGAGAACAGACUAUUGUUGUCACAUCUCGCCCAACCAGUACGUGUUAAAGGAGUCAUUAUCUCUACAAUUCGUAGCGUUGCUAUGGCGCCUGAUGGCUUCGCAAGUGCAGAGCGUGCGUUGUUCUACAUGCCACGCAAGCAAUUGCUUACCCUGAUUCCUGCCAUCACUUUACGCUUUGCAAAUUCUCCCAGAAGCAAGCGUGAUUCUGCAGAUCCAAUGCGAUCACAAUGUAUGGACUUGUGGCUACAGCUACUCGACCAGGUUGAUGCCAAGGCCAACGUCGACAAAGCCUUGCUCAAAGCUGCUAUGGUUCCACUUGCAGAAGCUCUACAUUUCUACGACGCGCCAGCUAUGGUUCCCCCGGAAUAUUUCGUCAGAGCGAUGAUUCUACAUCAACAACUUGAUGCUGAAGCACCGUCCACUACCAGCGAACCGCGCCGUUUUCAAGCGCUUUUUGCGGAAGUUUUGCUUCAAAUACAAGAACAGCCAAGGGCAUAUACUGCAUUGCUGGACAUGGCCUUACCGAUUAUUGCUCGGCAUGCGGGAUUGAGCCUACUGCUGCGUUGCAUACGGACAAUGGAAGAACAAAAGCUUCCACUGUCCACCCGGAUGGAUUUUGAGUCACUUAUCGCCAAGAAGCUUGCCAUGCUCCAUACUUCGACAGACGAUUUAUCGGAGAGCCAGCUGCAAAGUAGAGCGUUUACUUUACAAGCUUGCGAGAAGCUGACCAAGGUUUUGAGCCGGAUGGGCCACGCACUGCCAGCAAGGAUGGAAGAAGUCGCCACACUCUCAGGUAUCCGUCAAUUUGAUAACCUGUUGGUUCACGCAAAGGCCAAAAAUGCCCUUCCAAUCGCCUACCGUGAUGUCACCAGCGACUUGUCCUUGAUGGAGCGUGUGGCCAUGGUACACCAACUCGCCCACCAUUACUCCCAGGAUACAACUCGCACUCAUCGUGAAGUAUGGCGAUCCAUCUACUACCUCUACCACUACCUUCGCUCCAACUCACUUCCUAUUGGUCCUCUAUUCACCAAGGCGGUCGUGCAUUCUUCGAUUACCCGGCCUUUGAUGGAAAAUCGCUUCGUCAGCGCCAGACGCUUAAUUUGGGUGUGCCACCUCGUGGCAAGAGUGGAAGGUGACGAAGUGGCUGCGCGACUAGAAAACCGUUUCUUCACAUGGCGAGGAGAUCUCAUCGGUCAUGCUAAGCGGGUUUUUGUUGGUGUUGGCGGAGGCAAGCAGAACAAGGCACAUGUUGGGACGAUGAAGAGGCUGGGAUUGUUAUGAGUAUCUGUAAGAACAUGGUUGUAAAGUUAAGUGAAGCCGAUGACGAUUUAGAGCAGGCGAUAUACCCUUCAUAGACAUAAAC